UAGUAAACAUACCUAAAUCCUAUCUUAUUGCCCUCACAUCACAUGAAUCUCAUAUCCUCCUUUAGAAAAUCCAACUACCUCUCCAUUCUCACUCGACAACAAACUCUUCUUAAACAAUUUGAAACCCCUUCUUCUCUCUCCCUCUCUCUAUAAAAUAGUAAACCCUUCUCUUUCUUUGCCCCUUCUCUCAAAAACAUAAGUGGAAUUCCAAAACACAAAAACACAUCAAAAUCCAAAAUGCCUUCGGAUCUUCAAAAAUCCUCCCUCCUACUUCAACGAUUCACCGAAACACCAACCGCCGCUACCGCCUAUAAACAGCCUUACCGCCACGCGACGGCCGCUCAUCAAGUCCCCGACAACGUGGCCCGCUACCACACCCACGCCGUGGGCCCCAACCAGACCUGCUCGGCCACGACGCAGCUCAUCUCAGCCCCCGUCGCCACCGUGUGGUCCGUGGUCCGGCGCUUCGACAACCCGCAGGCCUACAAGCAUUUCGUGAAGAGCUGCCACGUCAUCCUCGGCGACGGCGACGUCGGCACGCUGCGCGAGAUCCGCGUCAUCUCCGGCAUGCCGGCGGUCAGCAGCACCGAGCGCCUCGAGAUACUCGACGAGGAGCGCCACGUCAUCAGCUUCAGGAUCGUCGGCGGCGACCACCGCCUCGCCAACUACCGCUCCGUCACCACCCUCCACGCCGCCCCCAACGGCGCCGGCACCGUCGUCGUCGAGUCGUACGUCGUCGACGUGCCGCCAGGUAACACUGAGGAAGAGACCUGCGUCUUCGUCGACACCAUUGUUAGAUGCAACCUCCACUCUUUAGCUCACAUCGCCCAGAAUUUAUGCAGACGAAACUUAUCUUCGUAAAUUCCUUAAAUUUUUCUUUUUACUUCUUUUUUUGUUGGAAACAAAAAAAUCUUGAUUAUUGUAAAGUUAUGACAAGGAUUAUUUCAUGCGUGAGGUGACUAUUUGGAUCGUGUAAAAUAGAUGUUUGUUUUCAAUUGUUGAAGGCCGUUUCUUUCUA